AUGAGAGACCAUUUAGCUGCUACACGAGGGAACAGUACCGAUGACCGCAGGCACUCUUCCUCCACGACUACCCUCCUCAUUCUUCCCCGCGAACUUCGAGAUUCGAUCUACGGCUACCUAUGGGACGAAGAAACGAUUAGCAACAUCCGCAAAAGUCUGAAACAAGCGCCUGACAGUUUUCCCGACCCUCAUGAAAACAUCAACGAGCGGAGGCGACCUUGGUUCCUAGACCCGCGACACCUAGGCCAGGAGGUAACCGAGGAGAUAGCUGAAUCGUUCUUUCGGCACUACAAUGGCUUCGAGAUGAAGAGCGCGCAGCAUAUCGAAUCCAUACUCAAGCAUGAAUUCUUCGGGUUGAACAUGCGUCUCUGUGAUCAUGCGAUCUCCAGUCUUACCGUAUGUGUGAAUCUGGACCGAGCAGAUGCACAUCAUAUAAGCAGGGUAGAGCUCAAAGCUCAUCUACCAAAGCUAGUGACACUUCUCCCUGUUCUCGCACCGGACUUCGUGUUGACGUUUCGCUUUUGUUCAAAGUACCAGGUCGACUUCUUCGGAUGCGUUUGCCGUGUGCAGGACCAGUGCCCGGUGCGGCGCAACAACAUUGCGUUUGCAGACAGUGUGUCGAAUACCCUCCAGACGGUGAAGGACUUCGUUCAAGACUUCGAGUCUGUGAGAAAUAGGAAGGUGUUGCUGCGCCUCGAAGUCGGGAGGUACUAUGAGUCACUUUGCAGGGUGGUGAAGGGAGUUAUCAAACUUACGUUGGACGAUAUAGAUAAUGAUGAGGCGACCUGGUUGAGGAGAAUGACAGAGAUAAAGGAGAGUCACGAGAUAGUGAGGUCUCUGUGA